UCCGCUUCUCUCCACCACCGCUUCCCUCGCCGCCGCCGCCGCCACCGCCCGCCGUGUCCAGCUUCUGCGAGCCCCGCCUCGCCGCAGGUUCCGCCUGAUGCUUCUCCGUCCUGUAUUUUCCCCUCCUCCGCCUCCUCCUGCCCGGCUCCUCCCCGCCGCUCCGGCCGCCACCGCGGCCCCGUUCGUCCUCGUCCUGCGGCGACGCCAGCGACGGCGCCACCGCCGCCGCUCCCGCCUUCCGUGCCCCACCCUCCGCGCCUCCCUCUCCGACCUCCUCGCCUCCCUCCCGGCCUCGCUCGCCCUCGUCGGCCCCGCGGCGGUGGCCGCCGUCGCCGCGGUCGCCUCCUCCUUCGCCAACUCCAACUCCUCCUCCUCCUGCGUCCGCAACGGCCUCCCCCCGCCGCCCGAGUCCGACGCGGAGUACGGCGCGUGCGGGGAUGCCGCGGGGGAGUGGAUCCUCUUCACCAGCCCCACGCCGUUCAACCGGUGCGUGCUGCUGCGGUGCCCGUCCGUGUCGUUCGAGGACGGAGGCGUGCUCCUCGACGGCGUCAACGAGCGGCUGCUCACCGAGGAGCGGCACUACGUCAACCUGAGCCGCGGCCGCAUCCCCGCGGCGCGCGGCGAUGCCGCCGGGGAUAUAUCCUAUCAGAGGAUUUGCAUUCCCACGGAGGAUGGUGGGGUGAUCGCGCUUGAUUGGCCGGACAAUUUAGAUUUGGACAAGGAGCACGGGCUUGACUCGACAGUGCUUAUAGUGCCCGGCACACCUGAGGGGAGCAUGGAGAGGGGAAUCAAAGUGUUUGUGUUGGAUGCAUUGAAGAAUGGGUACUUCCCCAUUGUGAUGAAUCCCAGAGGGUGCGGUGGGUCACCCCUCACAACACCUAGGUUAUUUACAGCGGCUGACAGUGAUGAUAUCUCCACAGUAGUACGAUUCAUAAACAAUAAAAGACCUUGGACAACACUAAUGGGUGUUGGAUGGGGAUAUGGUGCCAAUAUGCUGACAAAGUACCUAGUGGAAGUUGGAGAGUCUACUCCUCUUACUGCUGCUGUUUGUGUUGACAAUCCAUUUGACCUACAAGAAGCAACAAGAUCAUUUCCUCAUCACAUCGCUCUUGAUCGAAAGCUCACACCAGGCUUGGUCAAUAUUCUGCGUGCGAAUAAGGAACUCUUUCAAGGAAAAGAUAAAGAUUUUAAUGUUCAAAAAGCUUUGUCAGCUAAUUGUCUGCAUGACUUUGAUGGAGCCAUAUCAAUGAUUUCACAUGGCUUUUCUACUGUUGAUGACUUCUAUUCUGAAAAUAGCACAAGGCUGUCAAUUUCCCAUGUGAAAAUACCAGUACUAUUUAUACAGAGUGAUGAUGGGACUGUGCCACUUCUUUCGGUACCACGCAGUUCAAUAUCAGAAAAUCCUUUUACAAGCCUUCUCCUUUGCUCCUGUGUGCAUUCAACUGUAUUCACAUUUGAGAGAUAUGCUGUAUUAUGGUGCCAGAAUCUUGCCUUAGAGUGGCUUUCAGCAGCGGAGUUUGCACUUCUGAAGGGUCGCCAUCCGCUUAUCAAAGAUGUGGACAUCACUAUUAACCCAUCCAAAGGUCUAAUGUUUGUUGAACCUCAAGCAAAUGAUAGGAAGGUUCCAACUAACAAUAAUUUCCGUCAGGAGUCUCAGUUUAUUUUGUACAAUAGCAUGCCUCAUGGAAUAAAUGGACUGCUCCUUGAUUCUGCAAAAGAAGAUUCUAGUUCUAACAAAAAUGUAAGUAGCCAGGUAAAAGAUAAUGGUGACAUAGACAGGGCAAGGCAAGAUGUACACGAGGAAGAGUCGGAAAAAAAUCCUGAAGAUGAUGAAAAGGGUCAUGUACUACAAUCAGCAAGUCUUGUGAUGAAUAUGUUAGAUGCUACAAUGCCCGGUACUCUGGACGAUGAUCAGAAGAAGAAGGUUCUGGGAGCGGUGGAGCAAGGUGAGUCUCUUGUGAAAGCUCUAGAAGAAGCUGUGCCUGAAGAUGUGCGUGGAAAGCUUACCACUUCUGUGACUGAAAUUUUACAAUCAAAACGAGGAAAUUUCAGUUUAGAUGCAUUGAAUCGACUUGGCUGGACGAAUGGAAGAUCAAAUGCCAAGACAUCUGUCCAAGAAAAGGUCAAAGAUUCAGAUCGUGAAAGUGGCCUUAAGGAUGCCAAAAUGCAUGAUCAGAAUAAAAGUGCCUCAGCCAUUGGUGAUGUUGACCAAAAAGAUGGUAAUGUGACUUCGAAUGAUAAUAAUUCUGGAGAAGGCAUCGAGUUGUCACAAGGAAAACCUUGCCAGACUUCUGCACCUAUUGGAGUAAUAACAGAUAUGGGAACGGAACAACCCAACAGAUCAGAAAAAACAACCCCUGGAAUAAAUGAAAGCAGUGAAGGGCAGCACAGAACUGAUCAGGUGACUGAAACAGCUCCAAAGCAAGUUUCUGAUGACCAAUCACCCAGUGAGAAAAAAAGUUCUGAUGACCAAUUGCCUGGCGAGAAAAAAGUGUCUGAUGACCAAUCAACAGCCAACUUGAACAGUGCUCCCAGAGAACGAGUGCAAUCUUCUGAUGCUACAGCAGAGAGUCCACAGGCUCAUGUAGAAAAAGAUGGUGAGGCAGUACGUGCCAGUGAAGAUAAGGCUACACAUAAUGAUACUGAACAAAGCAUGCAAGUAUCUAAAACAGAAGAAUCUAAACCUCCCCCGGUCAAUGUGACACAGGCACUAGAUGCUUUAACUGGAUUUGAUGACUCAACUCAAAUGGCUGUCAACAGUGUAUUUGGCGUUAUUGAAAAUAUGAUUGACCAGUUUGAGAAACAACAUGAGUCUGAGAAUGAGGACAAGUCUGAUGGAAGUACAGUUGAAACUCCUGUAAAUAAGACAGAGCCUCAAGUGACAGGUGAUGAGAACAAUGAGUCAAUUGGGAAAUCCAUAAAUCCAUCAUCUUAUCAACCAGAAAAUAACAUUUCUGGAAAAGGUCAUUCAAUCAUAUAUGAGGAUCACAUGAUUGGCGACAAAAAUUCGAAUUUAGGUAUUAUAUCGCCGGCUAAAGAAAAAAUAGAAAAUUAUCAAAGGAAUAGAAUUACAGACUAUGUGGAUGUAGAUGUUACAAAGCAGGGCAGUGGCUCGCCUGACUAUUUAUUGGAUAUAGCUAUUAACUCUUAUUUGAAGGCACAGUAUGCUAUUUACCUUCACCAAUUUCUUUCCACACAGUUGAAACUCAAGCCACCAUAUUCAAAUUCAGCAACUGAUCUUUUCCUUGAUCCACAUGAGGGUAAAUGGAAAAUAGCAGAUCAAAUGGACAGUACACAUGACUAUAAUUCUAAAUCUGACAAAGAUUGCAGCUUUACAGAAAAUGUUGACCUUUCUGGUUCCUCGCGAGAACCAUUUAGAACAGGCAAUGUUUCUACUCCCUAUUUGGUUCUGUCAGAUUUUCCAGUUUCCAGGGGCAAGGCAAAUGAAUCAAACCAAACAGUAGCAACCAAUUUACCUGAUAUUGCUUUGAGGGAGACACUCACAAGUUUUAUCCGAGAUGAAUUAGAAAAUGCCCUCAAAAUUGAAGUUGGUCGCAAAGUAGGGAUAACAAACACUGAGCAACUUGAAAGAACUCUUGCACAUGAUGUGGAACGUCUUGCUGCUCAAGUUUCCAGAGCUGUUGUGCUUAAUUGUGAGUUAUACUCAGCAGCAUGUGUGCAAAGAAACCCAACAUCUGUGAAAUUUGGUACAACUCAUGGAGAAAAUGUUAUCGAAGCAGUAUCAAACGCAAUUCAGCAAUCUCAUGAUCUGAGAAACAUUCUUCCAGUGGGUGUCAUAGUUGGUGUUACUUUAGCAUCUUUGAGAAAUUACUUCUACGUUGGUAUUUCUAAGCAUGACCAACAUAUGAAAACCACUGCCAAGUCAGGAAUUUUACAUGAGGAUCCUGAUUUUAAGAGCCCUUCCUUGAAAAAAGAAGAAAGUACAGAUAAUAUUUCCUUAAAAAAAGAAGAAAAUGUAAAUAAUGCUUCCUUACAAAAAGAAGAAAAUGCAAAUGAAGCUUCCUCAAGAAAUGUAGAAAAUGCAGAUCACUUUAUUGAGAAAACUGGUGCGCACAAAGUUCAGGAAAUCACAAGGUCAGAGGGUCAAGGUAUGAUGGUUGGGGCUGUCACAGCUGCCCUGGGUGCUUCUGCUUUUGUAGCACAUCAUCAACAAAAGAAGGUUGAUAAUAUGGAUAGCUCAACUGCAUCAGAUCAGCAUAGGCCCGAUGAAACUGCACAGGAGAAGAGCCAGAACAACUUAGUAACCAGUCUUGCUGAGAAAGCCAUGUCUGUUGCAUCUCCUGUAGUACCCACAAAGGGUGAUGGUGAGGUUGAUCAUGAAAGGCUUGUCGCAGUUCUUGCUGAACUAGGACAAAAAGGUGGUGCAUUGAGAUUUGUUGGGAAAAUUGCUCUACUCUGGGGAGGUAUCCGUGGUGCUAUGAGCUUGACCGAUAGGCUCAUCUCAUUCUUACGUAUCAGCGAACGUCCCUUAUUUCAGAGGAUCAUGGGAUUUUCCUUCAUGGUACUUGUGCUAUGGUCUCCUGUUGUGAUUCCUCUACUGCCAACACUUGUACAAAGUUGGACAAUAAGUUCUUCAACAGGAAUUGUUGGAUAUGCCUGCAUAGUUGGACUGUAUGUGUCUAUAAUGAUACUUGUCAUAUUAUGGGGUAAAAGAAUACGUGGCUAUGAAAAUCCAGUUGAGCAAUAUGGGAUGAAUCUUGCAUCUGCAUCAAGGGUACAAGAAUUUUUUCAAGGUCUUGUUGGAGGUGUAACAGUUGUUGGACUAGUGCAUUCAGUAAGCAUUUUACUUGGGUUUGCAACUUUGCGAGAAGGUUCAUAUUCACUCUUGGCUAGGCCAUUUGAUCUUCUCAAGUCAUCCAGUAAUGUACUGUUGCUAGCUCUUAGAGGGUUUGUCACAGCAACUAGUAUUGCUGUGGUGGAAGAAGUCGUUUUCAGAUCAUGGCUUCCAGAAGAAGUUGCUGUUGACCUUGGCUACUACAGUGCCAUUCUGAUAUCUGGGGUGGCCUUCUCUCUUAUUCACCGGUCACUACCUUCGGUACCAGGCUUCUUGCUACUUUCACUAAUUCUUUUUGGACUUAAACAAAGGACACAAGGGAAGCUUGCUGCACCAAUCGGCCUUCGUUCUGGAAUUAUGACCGCUAGUUAUCUGAUACAAUCCAGUGGUAUUAUUCAAACCAAACCUGGUACACCAUUUUGGAUGGUCAGCACUUACCAUCUUCAUCCGUUUGAUGGUGUAAUUGGCUUAAGUAUUUGUGCAUUACUUGCUAUCCUUCUCUUCCCCCAAGAACCUGUGCAGAAGGAUACUUUUGUAUCAUGAGAAGAAAACAAGUGAUCUUGAUGUAUUGCUGCUUCAUAAAAGGAUGCAAUCAUCGUUGUACGAAAUUUGUGUGAGGAAAGAACUGCUCUAGCUAGCAUACCAGUUACGCUGCAGCUCCAUGUUCAGAGGGAAGCACCCAGUUACCUGAAGACUGAAGAGGUUCUGCCGAUGCAUCAACUUUAUGCUUGUACAGUUGUACUUGGGGCAUCCCUGUUCAUGUUCGCAAACUUGUACACUACUGUGUACUGUUUUCUGGAAUAUAUAUGAAUCAAGGUUUAAUCUUCCCAAAUAGGGAUUGUUUCGUCCAUUCAUUAUAAGGUUGAAAUAAUAAACUAACCAAGUUGGUGGAUAUGCCCUGGGAGAGGAACUAAAAUACUAAAUACUGCUAAUAUAGAAGCUGAUACAUUUUUCAUCUUGCCGAGUAGCCUUGCUGAGCUCACUACAGAUUACGAAAUACAGAUGAGUAGAUGACUAGUUGACUUUUUAGGUCGUGUCUGUAAGUAGUACAUAGUCUGUUUCUGCCAUUUUUGUUUUAAAUCUUGAACAAGGAAUCAUACCCAAGUUUUGAGGUAUAAAAUUUUGGCCAACACAUAUUGUAACUAGAAAAUAGCUCCAGGAGAGUUAGCUGUCGUCACCUAGAAUUGUGCAUCCUUUUCCCUGAUUAUAUGCUCAGUGCUAACUGUAAAUGAAAUGGUUAAGACCAUGUAUAGACGAAAAUUACUGUGAUUACAAGAUAGCCAUGCAUGAAUACAUUAUAGCCCUAUAUUUUUGGCUUGGGCAGAGA